AUGGAUCAAUUGCAAGGCCUAGAGCUGUAUGUCGCCGGCAUAGUCAGUAUCUCUGCGCUGCUUCUCGUAUUAUAUUUCGUUCGCACCGAUCUAGAAGUGCCCGUUCCUUACCAGGUCUCUCCCCCGGAGGAGUGUAGUCCGCAAUGGAAGGGAGAAAUCCUUGAGAACCCCUCCUUGAAGGUUCCCAACUCGUCUGCAAUUCAGUGCUACUGCCCUGCUACGGGCGCCUCCUUAGGACAGGUUAUACCCUCCACACCUACCGACAUCGACGGCGCCAUUGCGCAAGCCAGAGAGGCCCAUAUCGAAUGGGCCAAGACUACAUUCUCGCAGCGGAGGAGGGUCCUCAAGACUAUGCUCAAGUGCGUUGCUCAGAGGUUCGUACUAGAGAAUCAAAACACCAUUGCACAUGUCGCUUGCCUGGAUUCCGGAAAGACUAGGAUCGAUGCCAGCUUUGGCGAAAUUCUCAUCACCGCGGAAAAGCUGAAAUGGACUAUUGAUCAUGGGGAGAACGCGUUGAAGCCUGAACGACGGCCGACCAACUUCUUGAUGAAGUACAAGGUCAAUGAAGUCACGUGGGAGCCAUUAGGCGUUGUGGCAGCUUGCGUCAGCUGGAACUAUCCGUUCCACAACCUAAUCGGCCCCAUAAUCUCCUCCAUCUUCGCCGGCAAUGGCAUCAUCGUGAAAGGCUCCGAAGCCACCGCCUGGUCCAGCACCUACUUCACCUCAAUCGCCAAGGCCGCCCUCCACGCCUGCGGCCACUCCCCCGCCCUCAUCCAAUCCAUCUCCUGCUGGCCCUCCGUCGCCGACCACCUAACCUCCCACCCCGGCAUCGCCCACCUCACCUUCAUCGGCUCGCGCCCCGUUGCCCACGCCGUCUGCGCCUCCGCCGCGAGAAGCCUAACCCCCCUCUGCGUCGAGCUCGGCGGCAAAGACGCCGCCAUCAUCCUCGACGACGUCCCAGACUCCGACUUCCGCCGCGUCGCCAGCAUCCUCCUGCGCGGCGCCUUCCAGUCCGCGGGCCAGAACUGCAUCGGCAUCGAGCGCGUCGUCGCGCUCCCCCGCGUCUACGCCAAGCUCGUCGACCACCUCACGCCCCUAAUCCGCGCGCUCCGCCCCGGCUCCGCCCUCGAUGCUGGCCUCGACACCCUCGUCGACGUCGGCGCCUCGAUCUCCGAGGCGGGUUUCGGCCGGCUAGAGGAACUGAUCCAAGACGCGGUGGCGAGCGGCGCGAGGCUGCUCGCUGGCGGGUCGCGGUAUACGCACCCGGAGUAUCCGCGCGGGCACUACUUUACGCCUACGCUGCUAGUCGACGUGACGCCCUCGAUGCGGAUCGCGCGGACGGAGCUGUUCGCGCCGGUGUUCCUGCUCAUGCGCGCGAAUUCAGUGACGGAUGCGAUUGCGAUUGCGAACGGGACCGAGUACGGGCUCGGAGCUUCUGUGUUCGGGAAGAGCACGAGCGAUCUGGAUCGCGUGGCGCGCGAGGUGCAGGCGGGCAUGGUGAGUGUGAACGAUUUUGGCGUCUACUACGCGGUGCAGCUGCCGUUUGGCGGGGUGAAGGGGAGCGGGUAUGGGCGGUUUGCGGGGGAAGAGGGGUUGCGGAGUGUGUGUAGCACGAAGGCGAUAUGUCGGGAUCGGUGGCCCGCUUUGGUGAAGACGGCGAUCCCGCCGCCGUUGGAGCUCCCUUUUAAGGGAGCAGAACAGAGGGCGUGGGAGAUGGCGAGUGGAGUUGUGAAGCUGGGGUAUGGAGAUCUGAGGAUGAAAGUCAGGGGGUUGAGGGGCAUUCUUGGGAUAUGA